CCCAGUGGAGCAACGCUCAGAUCUCGGACCACUACAGCACCUGCAUCAAGCUCUCCACCGAGAACAAAAUCACCACGAAGAAUGCCUUUGGCUUACACCUGAUAGAUUAUAUGACCGAGAUCCUGAAACAGAAGGACUCUGAACUGACCAACUUCAAGAUAGCAGCUGGCACGCUUGAUGCCAGUGCAAAGAUUUACGCCGUGCGUGUGGAUGCGGUCCACGCAGAUACCUACAAAGUUCUUGGAGGCUUAGGCAAGGACUCGGCACCUGCAAAAAAUGCGGACAGCCCAGAAGGAGAAGACAGUCCAGCUCCUGAGGCUGUCAAGACAGUUCAGAAAAAGAAAAAGCACUCGUUCAAAACCAUCGAGCAGAACUUGAAUAACAUCAAUGUGUCGAAGGCGAAUCGCAGAUGUGAGAUUGAUCCCAUGUUCCAGAAAACAGCCGCAUCUUUUGAUGAAUGCAGCACAGCUGGCAUUUUCCUCACUGGGCUGCGUACCCAAAGCUGCCACAGCGAGCUCCUCUUUGACUCGAAGAUUGUGCCUCUCCCUUCUUCAGAGACGCUCACGCUGCCAAACUCUGAUCCUGUGAAAGUGACGGAUUUAAAGCCCCUCCUAGCACAGUGCAUUGAAGGACGCCCCAUCUGCUCUUCGCUGGCUGGUUUCCAGUUUACAAAGUGGGAUGCUGAGUCCCAUGAUGAGUCAGUGUCAGCCCUGUUGGAUAAAUUUAAGAAGAGCGACCAAGUGUUCGAUAUCAAUGCGGAGAUAGACAGCGAUGAGGAAGACCCUGUUCCCAGCCUGCCAGAUGACGACUUCAAUUCUAACUCCCCCAGGAGUACAGUAACAGGCAAGAUUGGGGAAUUUACAGAAAACCUCAACUCCUUUGGAACAGUCCACAGUAGCAAGAAAAUUGAUGCGGUUCCUUUUGGAGGGGGAGACAUUGGGAGCAUGUGCCUUCACCUCUCCAUGAAACCAGGGGAAUACUCCUACUUCAGUCCCCGAACCCUGUCAAUGUGGGCUGGCCCAGAGCACUGGCGUUUCAAACCUCGACACAAACCAGACGCUGACUCUGAAAGAGAAACCAAGAAAAGGAACGCAAAGAAAGCAUUUGAAAUUAACUUUGAUGAGGAUAUCGACUUUAAGGCAUAUUUCCGUAAGACCAAGGCAGCUGUAACUCUAGCAAAAUCCAUUCUGGAAAACCAGAAUGUGAAGAGCACCACGCUUCCCGCAGACUUCAACUAUGACCCUACCAACAUUCUCCAGCUGUUUCUCAAACCAGCUGUUAAGCUCUGCAGGACGUCUGAGCCGGAUGGCUUGUUGGAUCACGAAGAUGAGAUCGGUGAAUACGAUUACAACAACCCCAAUGACACCUCCAAUUUCUGCCCUGCAUUGCAGGCCGCAGACAGCGACGAUGAUGAUAACGACCCCGUUCAAUUCAUGGGCCAGAUGGGGGAGUUCAACCUCACGGCCCACCCUGAAGGUCAAGACGCUGAGCUCAACAGGGUUGCCGGCGAUGUCGAUAUCACAACGUACGGAGAGCUGAACCUCAUUGCUGAGCCCCAGAAGGUCAAUAAAAUAGCGAUUCAGUAUGCAAAGACAGCCAAGAAAAUGGACAUGAAGAGGUUGAAGAAAAACAUGUGGGAACUCUUGACUGAUGGAGAGAAGAAAGAAGUGGCAGAGAUGUCAGCUGCAGAGAAAGAGGGGAACACUUCAGUGGUAGCAGGCGAGAAGGUCUUCAGCAGCAUCACGAAGAAACUGCUUCACAGGCUGCCUUCCGUGAUGGCCAACAACCUGUCCAUCCCCUUAGCCUUCGUCUGCCUCUUGCAUUUGGCAAAUGAGAAGAAUCUGAAGCUGGAGGGCACAGAGGACCUGUCUGAUGUCCUAGUGAAACAAGGCAACUGAGCCCCGCGUGGAGCAGACCCCCAGGGCCGACCCACAGGACAGAGCUCAGCUUCCCAGCUGACCGGUGCUCGCUCUGGACUGGUGCAUCAGUGGCAGCUUUAUCUCCUCCCAGCACCGUGGCUGAGAAAUCCCACCAGUCUCUGCAUCCCGGGAAAACUUUUACAUCAAGGAUGUUCAACCUAAACCUAGGACCUGUACAGAUGGACAG